AUGGCUUUAGCUCAGAAAGGCGAGUCCUUGGCUGCGCUUUCAACGAUGCCAUCUUUGCCAAUCCCAUUUCUCCAAUCUGUUCAAAUACCGCCGACACAACAGCUUUCCUCUCCCAUUGUGAAUGUUGCGAAACCACCAACGCAAGUUUUUAAUUUUAUAACGUAUUCCUCAUCACUUGUUAGAACACCUGCUGCCAAAGAACACCGUCACUCAUCGCUGUUCAUACCCACUUCGCUGCUCCUAGGAAGACGUAAUAAUAAGAAAAAAGAAGCAGAUCUAAUUGGAGAUGUUACACCUCCGCCACCGAGCUCUUCAUUUAAGUCAUUACCUUCAACUCCUGAGGAUGCAUCGCAGCGAAAUUUAGGUCCAUCAGCUAACAAUACGCCUUCUACCUCAUCCCAACCUACGGCCCUUAAUGACUUGUGCAGCAUCGAUUGGUCUUGUGUGCCACCUCCUCAAUCUACC